GCACGCCGGAAGUGACGCCGAACCGGAGGAGCCAUGGAGCUGAGUGAGCUGCUGUAUAAUAAAUCGGAGUAUAUAGAGACCGCAUCCGGAAACAAAGUAAGCAGACAGUCUGUACUGUGCGGCAGCCAAAACAUUGUGCUAAAUGGAAAGACCAUCGUUAUGAAUGAUUGCAUUAUUCGGGGAGACCUGGCGAAUGUCCGCGUCGGUCGUCACUGUGUCAUCAAAAGUCGCAGCGUGAUCAGGCCUCCUUUUAAGAAAUUCAGCAAAGGGGUCGCCUUUUUCCCUCUGCAUAUUGGGGACCACGUGUUCAUUGAAGAGGAUUGCGUGGUGAAUGCGGCACAGAUCGGAUCCUACGUACACAUAGGAAAGAACUGCGUGAUUGGCCGUAGAUGUGUCUUAAAGGACUGUUGCAAAAUUUUGGACAACACCGUCUUACCCCCGGAAACCGUAGUCCCCCCGUUCACCGUGUUCGCAGGAUGUCCCGGGCUUUUCUCUGGAGAGCUUCCCGAAUGCACUCAGGAACUCAUGAUGGACGUGACCAAAAGUUACUACCAAAAGUUUCUACCCCUAACGCAGAUUUAGACGCCCGCCUCGCAUCCUCGAUACCUUUUUUUUUUGUAUAUAAAUUGUGCCCCCCCCACCUAUAUGCUGCCUGCCUCUCCGUAACGAUACCUAUUUAUUAAACUCCUUUUGGCGACGGCCCCCACAGAGAUCCCACAUCAUUCCUGCUGAGCGAUCUGCCAAGCUUCAUAUAACCUCUGGUCGUUGAGUAAGAUUAGCACUUGUCAUUAAAAUAAAUAAUUGGAUUCCGUAUGGCC